AUGAAUAAAACCUGGCUGGAACUAGAAAGCGACCCAGGUCUUUUUACCCUUCUGUUGGAAGAUUUUGGUGUGAAUGGAGUCCAAGUUGAAGAGAUCUAUGAUUUACAGAAGCCUAUUGAAGGACCGGUUUUUGGGUUCAUCUUUUUGUUCCGAUGGAUUGAAGAAAGACGCAGCCGACGCAAAACUACAGAGAUUGAGAAUUUUGUAACUGAUGCUGAGGCAGUGAAUAACAUAUUUUUUGCUCAGCAGAUCAUUCCCAACUCGUGUGCCACACAUGCUCUGCUGAGUGUUCUCCUAAACUGUGACAACAAAUUGAAGUUGGGGAGAACUCUGAAUCUCAUCAAAGAAUUCACAGACUCCAUGUCACCUGAGGACAAGGGAUAUGCAAUUGCCAACAUGCCAGAGCUUGCACGAGUACACAAUAGCUUUGCCAG